AUGAAGGUGGUGCGAUAUUUUUUGGCCUUUCAAAGAUUCAGCAAGCCCGAGAACUACAACAGCAAAAAGAGGAUCAAGCCACAGGAAAGAGCCAGGAAAGAUGAUAAAAAGCUUCAACAAAAGCGAGAAGAACGCGUGCAAGAUGCUGCGGGAAAACAACGCCAAAAACUCGAGGAAAAAUUAACCAAACAAGCAGAUUUGCAGCUUCAAAAAGAUAUCCUAGCCACGCCAAAUCCCCGUACGAGUCGAACGAACCCAAAUUCAAGGAAAUUGAAGCGCAAACAGAGUAGUGAGGUCGAAGAGGAGGUUAUUGAUGAGGUUAUUGCUACGAAUCUUACGUUCCCACACCCCAGUUUGAUCAGUUUACCCCUUGAACAGUCUCCCGGAUGGUUGGCACCCCAAGGAGCACGGGAUGUGGAACGUGCCGAAAGCGGAAAAUUAGAUGUGGAAAAGAAUGGCCAUCAUGUCGAAACUAGAUGGAAGUUUGUCGAAGAAGAAUCGCGUGUGGCAGCGCAAUAUAGGGGGAAGAAAAGAUAUCUUUUGGAAGGAGCUGCUUGGGAUGUGACCCCUAGGAUCAAGCAGAGCGAGCCAGACUCAUCCCGCUAUGCUGAAGUAGAAGAGGAGUACUUGGUAGGAGAUCAGUCGUUCCAAGUCUCGAUAUCCCGUCUGCCAGCCUCACAGGCAGAGAAUCAGUGUAAUAUUCUAUUACACAUCCUCACGGAUCCUGAUGGUCAACGAGCGUUUCCCAUUCGAUCGCAUGGCGAGUUUUAUCAGUUCAUCCCAAGCCGACUCGGAAGAAAUCCAGCUCUUGACAAUGCCGUCUCCUGUCUAUGUGCAAUCUAUGAAGACACGCGCCAGCAAUUGUUAGGAAGCCCGCCUAGCACGAUCAGGCUCUACAGUAGAAGUCUGAAAUCACUGCGGCAAUGCGUGCAAGCGGCAGAAACACGCUUGGAACCUGAAACAAUCUGCUCUUCACUCAUUCUCCAGCUCUGUGAGCUCAUGAUCAGCUCGGAUAACGGACGCUGGAACAACUUGUCAAGUGGCUCAAAACUCUUGAUCCAGGAACUUGGCCCUGAAUGCUUCGAUCAGCCUUUUGAACGAGCCAUGUUGGAGUCUCAGCGAGCAUUCUUCCUCGUUCAGGACAUGAGCCGUCGUCAGAGAUGUUUCCUAUCCAAGCCACAAUGGCGGGAGUUGCCCAAGCAGCGCGGUAAUGGCCUUCGAGAUCAUAAGUUAGCAAGUCUUCGCUGGAGAUCUGAGCUUUGCGAUCUGUUACUAGAUGUACCGGAGCUUUUGUGCGAGUGCGGAUUCCUCCUCAAUAUCCGUCAAGCAGAUAAUGUGCCUGAUUUCGGAGACCAACCUGGAUGUCAAGGUCUCUUCGACCGGGUAGUCGAGGCUUACAACUCAUUAGAGCAAUGGUAUGGAGAAGAGCUCGCUCCAGCUCUUCCAUUGGCAGAUUUAGAAGGCUAUAGAGAGUAUCCGGAAGUUCUUUCAGCUAUCGUCGACUGCGUUUCGGCAUCCGUUCUCGUUCAACUACAGAGGUUUGGCUUUGAACUUUUCUCAUUGUUCGACAUAACAGCGCCAGCAAAUGGGCUUCCAUUUUCUAACGAAAUUUUCAUUGAGAGACAUACAACUUCCCUUAAUGCAUUCGAAUUUGUUAAGAAGUUUCCAAUGGCUGCAAAGCCACUUAAAUUCGGACUGGAGCAAAUUUUGUCACCCGGAGAAAUUUUUCGCUAUACGGCCCAGUCAUCCAUCUAUUUGGAAACAUCGCCGGUUGCGGAGAUCUAA